AUGGAUUCAUCACCGCUUAUCAAGGCGCACGACCACGCGCAGGCCGCCGCCGUCGCCACCCGCCAGUCCGCCGACACCACAGUCGCCAUCAACGAGCACACCCUGGCCGCGGGUGAAUUUGCCCAGGCCGCCCAGAGCACGUCCAGCGUCGAAGCACUCCGCACCCUCAAACUUCUCGAGGCGCAUCAUCAGCAGCUCGCCGAGCUGCUCAGGCAACCGCCCGAUGCGCACUCGCACGCCGGCGCCGAAGGCGACAUUGACGAGAAGGCUGUCAGCGAAAAGGACGGCGACGAUGCUGCUCACGCAGGCGGCAAGUCCUCGGCGGGCGAUACGACGUCACCAAAAUCAUCCUCGUCGCCGCACAUGCCAGGGCUCGCGCAGCAGCGACGCCAUGCCGCGCGCGAAAUGUCGUCGUCCAUUGCCAGCAACCUGGCCUCGGCACGCGGCAUCCGCUCCAAGUAUCGCGGGCAGCCGCUGAGCCCCAGCGUAUCCAACGACCAGGCGCCCGGAAAUGUCGACCCGCACCCGAGGCGGGACGGCUCCAAGUCCAAGAUGCAGACGCUGAUGGACCACCAGCCUGGCAAGCCGACGUGGGUUCCGCCCAUGCAGUCUUCAAAGUCAGACAUGCGCCAGAGACUGGACUCGACGCCGCAGCAGCAAAGUCCCGAACCAAAUGCCGAGGACAUCGGGUACGCGCGAUUCUAUAAUACAUUCGGGAGCAUCAUUAAUAAAAUCUCUGCGCCCCUGGCAUUUGCUGGCUUGCCGCUGAUUCAAGAGGAGUCCAUCACAUCGGAUCAAGAGGCGCCAGAGCCGGUGCAACAAAAGAGGAAACCAAAGACGGUCCCGUCCCCGCACGCCGAGCCGGAUCUGACCAAAAUAUACUCCAAGGCUGCGAUACGUGUUCUGGCGCGAGAUGGUCAUACUCAUGCUCCUCACGAGUCUUUCUACGUCGUACCCACUACUGGGCACACAAUGUCCUAUGCGAACAUUCUUAGCUACGCCGAAAAGGAGAAGCGGCGUCUGGGUGGCUCUAUACAUGGAAGUGCGGAAUCCGCCGUCGGGGAGGAGGAGGAUGACGACUUUGUAGAUGCGCGCGAGCUACCUGCCACGCUAUCGCCAGGAGCGAAGCGGCGAGUUGGCAAAUCAUCGCAUACAGAACGGCAACUCAACAAUACCAUCGAGGAGCUGCAUACAGAGAACCAAUCACUGAAAGAUAUGCUAGACAAGCUUUCUAAGCGACUGCAUACCUUUGAGGCAAGCGCACAGAGCUCCGCCAUGGCCCUGGCAGAGAGCUAUCGCCUUAUGCGGCCCUCUUCGCCAGAAGCCUCGUCCAAGCCGGACGACGGCGCGGCUGCAGCCAUGAUACGCAAGAACCAGGAGAUGGAGGAGCAGCUGCUGGCGGCGACGAAGCAAAUGGAACGUCUAGAGAAGGAUAAUCGUAAGAUGCAAAAAACUCUAGAAAAGUACAGAGAGAAAUGGGAGCUGUUAAAAGCGGGAGCCAAAGCGCGAAGAGAUGGCCAGAAGCCAGAUGCUACAGAAGACGAUAGCCAGAGUUAA